AUGGGAGCCGUUUUGGGAUUGAUUCCAGCAGCCUCUUUGGCAUGCUGCUGCACUGGAACCGCUUGCUCUGUAUGCUGCUCACUAUGUCCUACAUCCCUCAAGUCGAACUCGAUCGCAACCCGGUUCAUGUACGCCCUCAUGCUGGUACUGGGCGCCAUCGUUAGUGCCAUCAUGUUAGCUCCGGGACUGCAGGACUUCCUGAAGAAGGUACCGUUCUGUGCGAACUCGUCGUCAACUGUAUCGGGAAUCGUUCCAGAGGGAAUAUCCAUCGAUUGUAGCUCGGCAGUCGGCUAUUUGGCCGUCUAUCGGAUCUGCUUCGCACUGGUGUGCUUCUUUGCCCUCUGGGCCCUGAUGAUGGUCAAUGUGCGCUCGUCCAAGGAUCCCCGUUCGGCACUUCAGAACGGAUUCUGGGGCAUUAAGUUUAUGAUCGUCAUCUGUAUCGCGAUCGGUGCCUUCUUCAUACCCGAAACGAGUUUCGGACCGUCCUGGAUGUGGGUCGGAAUGAUUGGCGGGUUCGCCUUUAUUUUGGUGCAGCUGGUGUACAUCAUCGACUUUGCGCACUGCUGGGCCGAAGUCUGGGUGAGCAAUUACGAGGAAGGAGAAUCCCGUGGAUGGUUCCUCGCUCUGUGCAGCGCCACCUUCCUGCAAUAUGCACUCUCACUGACCGGUGUGGUACUGCUGUUCGUUUACUUCACCACGAACGAUGACUGCUCGCUGAACAAGUUCUUCAUUUCGUUUAACAUGAUCCUCUGCCUCGGUGUUAGCAUUUUGUCGAUCAUGCCACGCGUUCAGGAGCACCAGCCUAAGUCGGGAUUGCUUCAAAGCGCUAUGGUCACACUGUACACGAUCUAUCUGACAUGGUCGGCGGUCGCCAACAACCCGGACGCGGAAUGUAAUCCUGGUUUCCUGGGUAUCAUCGGCGAGAAAUCGAACAAGGUGCACUUCGACAAUACAAGCAUCAUCGGACUCGUCAUUUGGUUGCUGUGCAUUCUCUACUCGUCCCUGCGCUCGGCCAGCAACGUCUCCAGCUUCAGCGAUCCAGAAAAGCAAGAUCUUACAGCUAGCCUCAAAGACGAAGGAUCUUCGGGAGGUGGUGACGGCAACGAGCUGCGGGAUAAUGAAGAGGAAGCUGUCGCCUACAAUUGGUCGCUGUUCCAUAUCGUCUUUAUUACGGCUUCGCUGUACGUGAUGAUGACCCUUACAAACUGGUACCAGCCAAACUCUUCCCUAGACACACUAAACUCCAACGCGGCGUCCAUGUGGGUAAAGAUGGUAUCCAGCUGGAUGUGUGUCUUGCUGUACGGUUGGACCCUGGUGGCACCGAUGAUACUUACCGAUCGCGAGUUCUAAUGUGCAGCUGCGUACCUCGCCAAACUACUCCAAUUUUUUAGCUGCGUAUCAAUAACUAAAUGAUAGCGUGUAGGAUCUUUUUUUUACAUAAAUUACAUGUGAUAUAGAUAACCCGUGUGCGAAGAAGCGUGUGAGAAUUUGGUGGCUAUUCGUGGAAAUUUUUGGAUUGGGAAUGAGUAUGGAUUAUAUUAGUUGUUCUAGCAAAACCCACUUUGCGAUGAUGCCAUAAACCGGCAACUUGGCGUUCAGAUGCUUAAAGAAUACAUCCCGUAUGCCAUACGGAGCUCUUUCAACUAGCAUUAACACUAUAUUUUUGCAACAUUUUGUCUGAACAUCUUUUCUCCCAUAAAUGUAGCCGGUGCAUCCCCAGUGCGUGUAGUGUAUUAUACAUACAGCAACGAUGCUAAAAUACACCAGCUGUUGUGUCAACACGUUUAACCGCAAAUAAACCAGUAAUUCGU